CACUUAUGCUAUUCAUUUUCUAAUAAAACAUUUUUCUUCUUCUUCCAGAUUUUUCUUCUUUUUCGUUUGCUCUCUCUCGUCUCCGACUUAAUCUCAUGAUCUAGGGUUUCGUUUCUAUAACUUCUUAACUAAAUCGUAGUAAUAGGAAAGUCUCAGCAUGGUAUCAGAGCAACAGACUAACGUCAUGAGUCCUGGCGACGAAAGGCAACGCAGAUUCGAAAGUCAAUCCUGUGGAAGUUUGUGUCGAAUCCUUUUUCUCUGCAGUUAAACAAUUCAAUCGGCAACACCACUGAACGAGCAAAACAGUCAAAACCCUUUUUGAUGAGCGCCGGAGGAGCCUUUGGUGGCAAUAGAGGAGCCAGACCUGUUCCACCUGAAAAAGGAAUCUUCCCUUUGGAUCAUUUGCAUCAAUGUGAUUUGGAAAAGAAAGAUUACCUUGGUUGUCUUAAAUCUGCUGGUCACCAAUCUGAGAAGUGUCGGCUCUUCUCGAAAAAUUAUCUUGAAUGUCGAAUGGCAAAAAACUUAAUGGCGAAACAAGAUUUGGCUGAACUUGGAUUUAGAGAAGAACGUGAGCUGGAAAUUUCUAGAAAAGAGAAUGUAUCAGAAAAUUGAAUUUUGAAGCUGAGCACCAAAAGUGGUAAGCAUUGUGGAUUUUGAUAAGACAUUCUAUUCAACUCUGGAUGAGAAAGCACAGCAACUAUGAAUUUUUUACUGGUGUAUUUCAACUGACAACUGAAUAGAUCAUCUGCUUUUAUUGAAAGUCUGAAAGCUGCACAAACAUGUACAAAAAUUUGUUUCAGGAAGAAUAUAGACCAUGAUUCAUCAA